AAGAAGGCAAGGGAAUCUUGCGAGUCCCUUCACCCUUACUUUCCCCACUUGUGACCUCUGUCUCUCUCUCACUCUGAACAACAAAUAAGUGAUGAGAUUGAAGAGCUCAAAAUAGAAGGGAAGGUCUUCAAACUCCCAUUAUCGAAAGAAGAAGAAGCAGGAGAUUCAGAUCGGCCGUAUAUUUAUCCACAGAAGCUACAAGUAGUAUGAUUGUAUGAUAUUGGAGGGGAGAAAGCGUAUAAUAAAAAAGAGAUUAGUAUGAGAAUAAUAGAGGCAGGGAGAAGAUGGGGAACUGUGGGACUAGAGAGGAAUCCGCCGUUGCAGCUGCUCAGGUCCAAGUUCAGCAACUUCAGUUAUUGGCAUUGCCUGUAAAAAACAUUCCUUCUGAGAAGAGACAUAAUCGGUCCUCAUCGGAUUUCAGCGACCCAUCAACUCCCAGAAACUUUGAAGAUCUGAGACAUAGUCCAGGAUCCACCAAUGUGAUCGCCUUCACAUUAUUUGAGCUAGAGACUAUUACCAAGAGCUUCCGCUCUGAUUAUGUUCUUGGUGAAGGAGGGUUUGGGACGGUGUAUAAAGGAUAUAUAGAUGAGAAUGUGAGAGUUGGUCUCAAAUCCCUCCCUGUUGCUGUUAAGGUCCUCAACAAGGAUGGUCUUCAAGGGCAUAGGGAGUGGCUUGCAGAGGUUAAUUUUCUAGGGCAGUUGAGGCACGCUAAUUUGGUCAAGCUCAUCGGAUAUUGUUGCGAGGAUGACCACAGGUUGCUUGUUUAUGAGUUUAUGUUCCGAGGAAGCCUUGAGAACCACUUGUUUCGUAAGGCAUCUGCUCCAUUAUCAUGGGCAACAAGAAUGACAAUUGCACUAGGGGCUGCCAAAGGGCUUGCUUUCCUUCAUGGAGCUGAAAAGCCUGUUAUCUAUCGGGAUUUCAAGACGUCAAAUAUAUUACUGGACUCUGAUUACACUGCCAAGCUCUCUGAUUUUGGGCUCGCAAAGGCAGGGCCUCAGGGAGAUGAGACCCACGUGUCUACACGUGUGAUGGGCACAUAUGGAUAUGCAGCCCCUGAAUAUGUGAUGACAGGUCACCUUACGGCAAGGAGCGAUGUCUACAGCUUUGGUGUGGUCCUCCUUGAGCUGCUCACUGGCCGGCGGUCCGUGGACAAGACACGGCCGAGUAAAGAGCAGAGCCUUGUGGACUGGGCACGCCCCAAGCUCAACGACAAGCGCAAGCUCCUCCAAGUCAUUGAUCCGCGCUUGGAGGGCCAGUACUCCACCAGGGCUGCCCAAAAGGCCUGCAGCUUAGCCUACUAUUGCCUCAGUCAAAACCCUAAAGCCCGGCCACUCAUGAGUGAUGUCGUAGAGACUCUUGAGCCCCUCCAAGCUACUAGCACCACAUAUGAGCCCCAGCCUCCAAGCCUGCCCCAAAGUGUGGUUGCCGACUAUCGAACACGCCGCCACCACCACCAGCUGGCUGGCAAAGGUUGCCGCAUUCCACAUGCUGCUGAUGCAGCAGGUGGGCUUGCCGCCUGUCGGGUGAGAUGAUCCAUGGCAGGUUGGACAUGAUGCUUCUCACUCCCACAUGCAUACGCACUCAUAUGCAUUGCAUGUAACCUAUAUAUAAGGUGGGGUUUGGGUUUAUAUGAUGGAUCAGAGAUUUCAAUCACGCCAUAUGAACUGCAAGUGUAAUUUUCAUAUUGGGUUUGAGUAUGACUGCUUAGCUUAGCAGUUUGCAGAGCACACUUGUUCUUGGGUUUUGGCUUAUGAAUAUUACAUCUUAAGGGAAGCAAGAACUGGUUCCCAUAUGUUGGCUUAUGUUUGUGUUAUUGAUUGUGAGUUAGAGGUGGUGGUGUUUAUGA